AUGCCAGAAUUGGGAUUGGAGGAAAAGAGUUUACCUUCCUAUAAGGAAUUUUAUCACAAAUUCGAGAAUACUACUGAGAAGGAAUGUGGCGACGGCCGUGGGAAGUUCCAAAAUUGGGGGAGUGAUUUAAAGACUGAAUUAACUACAUACGAUAAACUCUCUAUUUCCGCGGAGAAGAUUGCUGGUGCUCUCUGUUCCGCAUGUAAGAAUAAUGGAUGUAUUAAUUCCAAAGGUGCAUCGUGUACCUUCUUUUAUUAUUGGUUAGGAAUUAAGUUCUUCGAAACGUCGGACCCCAGCAAAUUUCCGCCCUUCAUAGAAGCAAUUUACGAUGCACUGGAAAAAACUUUUUACGAAAAGCAAUGUAAUGUAAAUUACAAAGACGUUAACAAACUUCUUUUCGAAUUGAGGAAAGAUGUAUAG